AUGGUGCAUCGGCACCGGGUGGAGCACCAGCAUCCCAAACUACAAUCCGCCCGGCAGCCGAGCGAGCGGGCUUUCGCGUCGCGCGUUUUCGGCGGACGGAGGCGGGACCUCAUUGCCAACGUGCGGCUCAUCCUGCGGAGGCAAGAGCCAGUCGCCAUGACACCGUGGUACCGCGGCUUCAAGGGCGCCGUGCGGCCUGUGGAGAACUUCCCUGGCAAGUUUGAGGCAAUGGGCGUGGCACAGCAGAAGGGCCGCGUGCGGCUGGAGAUCACCGAGCUGCCGGUGAAGCGCUGGACACAGGACUACAAGGAGUGGCUCGUGGAGCAGCUGCCAAAGUCCGGAAACGAGAGGCGUGCCAGCAUCACCGAGAUGAGGGAGUACCACUCCGAGAACUCCGUGCACUUCUCGCUGUCCAUGACGCCGGAUAAGCUGGCGGAGGCGGAGCGCCGGGGCUUUGAGAAGACCUUCCACCUGCGCUCCACGCCGAAGCGAUCGAAAGCGAAAGCGACGAAUCCCAUGGCGCCCCCGGUGCUGUUGGUGGUGGGUGCGGCGGGGGCGGGCAAGAGCUCGCUGGUGCAGCGCCUACUGACGGGUGAGCCGGCGCCAAGGCCCAGUGUGGGCAUCGAGUCAGGCAUGUUCUACAGCCUGCAGCCGGAGGAGGCCGAGACCUCAGACCUGCGCCGCGCGGUGCCGCUGGGCGGCGUGGGCUUUGAGAUCAUGGAGAUCGGAGGCCGCGAGCCGGUGCACCGAGAGAUCCCAAGGGGCAGGGACGUGUGCGGCCUCAUGGUGUGCUAUGACUCCAGGGACCGCACCUCUUUCUUCCGACUCUGGCAUGUGCUGUGCCGACACCGGAUGGACCGGCACAUGGAGAUCUCCUCAUCCGACGUCUGCGCGAAAGGGGCCUUGGCAGCGGUGCUCUGCGGCACCAAAGCUGAUCUCCCGGGUGAGCCCGCCAUACCACAGGCGGAGGUGCGCCGCUUCGCGGAGGCCAACGGCCUGGUGCCGGUGAUGACCUCCGCACAUAGCGGGCAAGGAGGUUACCCAGAGUUCAUUCAGCCCGAGGUUGUGGCAGUGGAUAGCGAAGCGCUGCUGGAGGAGGAGGAUGUGCAGCCGCCAGACCUGCAGGAGAGGAAGGUGCUGAACCAGAGGCUGAAAUAUGGCCUGGCUGCCCUUGCGCUCCUGGCGACGCUGGCGGUCAUCGGCGCCGGUCACCGAUCCGAGCCCAGCGUGGCCGAGCUGAAGGCGCAGGUGCAGGACUGGGAGCAGAUCCCAGGCAUCGACGAGGUGGUCGAGCACGCCAAGGGGCUGGAGCUCCAAACCCCUCGGCACCUGGAGGAUUUGUUCUACGGCUCGCAGCCCACGGAGCUGCCGUGGAUCCGCACGGAGUGCACCAUCGACGUGGUGCAGGCCACCGCGUACCUGGGCCAAGCUGUGGUCUUCCUCUACAAGUCCAUCGACUACCCUGGUCUGCGUUGUCCAGAUGACAGCCCAGCAGGCUGUGCUGCAAGCGUGGCUGGAUUCAUUACUUCCAUCACCUGGAUCGCCUCGUACCUGUCCUUUGCUGCCAACGCCUGCGGCCAGUCCGUCAGGCCUGCGGCGCUGUGCGCUGGGGACUGGACAGCGCUGAUGGCGAACUUCGGAGAGAUGGCCACGGUGGGGGCGGCGGUGAAGGAGGAUUGCGACUUUGGGAAGGACUGGAAGUCCAUAUUGGACCUGGAAAAGGAGCCCGAGACCAUCCCCCACGAGUACUGGCUCCAUUUCGAGCCCAAGAUCGACUCCGAGCAUAGAGAUACUUUGUUGAAAUGGAAAGGCUUCCAAACCGCUCACCGGAACCGGAACUUCGACGUGGCCCAGUGCGUCUUCGACGUCACCAACUCGGCCUCCUACAUCGUGCGGGCGAUUUUGCAGAUCCGGUCCGCGGCACUGGCGUGCCCGGAGCCGAGGGCCUGCGCCAUCAACAUCAUGAACAUCAUCUCCUCCUUCGCGUGGAUCUCCCAGUUCACGGCACUCGCCGUGUCCGACUGCUCCAAAUAUGGCAGCCAGAAUGCCCUUUGCGCCGCGGACAUCAGUGACAUGGUGGCCGCGGUGACCAACGGCCCCGCCGCGGGGGUGGCGUCCACCUCGGACUGUGCGGAUCUGCCGGACCCGGAGGACGAGCUUCACCACCUGCCCAUGGCCUGA